AGCUCGGAGUUGACGCUGUAGAUGGUUAACCCCGGGGUUGGAGGGUGAGCCUGUCAUUUGGAACGUUGAUGCUGAGAUUUGAUACAACGUGGAACGCAAGAGUUGCAACAUUGGACCGAGGGGCACGUCAACAACACUGUAGACCAGAUCCAAAAACAAAUCCUUCUGUCGCCAAUAUAUUGUCAUGCUGAUAAUUGAAUCGGCACCAAUAUAUUGAAAUAAUGGCUGAUGUGAAAGUGAAGCAAGAAGCAGUAGAUUCUGUAGGGCUGGAAAGCAGGAUUAUAGAACUCUGUCAGCAGUUCCCACAAGGAAUCACAGACCAAGUUAUUCAGAAUGACAUGCCACAUGUGGAGCCACAGAAGAGGGCAAUGGCUAUCAACAGACUUCUCGCAAUAGGCCAAUUGGAUCUGUUAAGGGGUACUUCAGGUCUCCUAUAUCGCAUAAAGGAUACACAGACUGCAAGCAAAAUGAAGGGUUCUGACAAUCAAGAAAAACUGGUUUAUCAAAUCAUAGAAGAUGCUGGAAAUAAAGGGAUAUGGAGCAGAGAUAUUCGAUACAAGAGUAACCUUCCACUGACUGAAAUCAACAAAAUCCUCAAGAACAUGGAGAGCAAAAAACUAAUUAAAGCUGUCAAAUCUGUAGCUGCUUCGAAGAAAAAAGUGUACAUGUUAUAUAAUCUGCAGCCAGAUCGAUCUGUGACUGGUGGAGCAUGGUACAGUGACCAGGAUUUUGAGUCCGAGUUUGUGGAGGUGUUGAAUCAGCAGUGCUUCAAAUUCUUACAGAAUAAGGCAGAAGUGGCCCGUGAGAGUAAACAAAGUCCAGUGGUACAGAGGAACAGUUCAUUUGCUUCAUCCCACGAAGUGUGGAAAUACAUCUGUGAAUUGGGUAUCAGCAAGGUGGAGCUCUCUAUGGAAGACAUUGAAACCAUUCUGAAUACAUUGAUAUAUGACGGAAAGGUGGAGAUGACCAUCAUAGCCGCAAAGGAAGGGACUGUUGGGAGUGUGGAUGGACAAAUGAAGCUGUAUCGGGCAGUUAAUCUCAUCAUUCAGCCCACUGGCUUGAUGCGGACACCUUGUGGAAUGUGCCCAGUAUUUGACGAUUGCCAUGAAGGUGGGGAGAUUUCUCCAUCGACCUGCAUCUAUAUGACAGAGUGGCUGGAAUUCUAGCCAAUAUUGGCAUAACAAAGACAGACUUUAGAGAUCGAUUGUUGGACCAUUUAAAACUGUUGGCAUGGCCUGGAUGGACUUUUAUUGUGCACAGCAUAGAAACGGACCAUUCUGUUCCAUCUGGUCUAUGACAGUGUUUACCCUCCAAGACUCUUUCAAUCCCUCUUCAAAAAAAUCCUUCUGUUCUUUUCAUCGUACUUUCCUAGCUCCCCCUUCAAUGAAUACUUAAUGGAAAUGAAGAUGGAGCUCGGCCCACAAUGGCAAGAUAUGAUAAGAAUUGAAUCUGCAGAGUUUUGAAUGUGAAAUGAUGAAAACUAAAGCUGAGGGUUUUUAUUUUAAUAGAACAACAUUUAAUUUUUGUAUCCAUACAUUUCUAGUUUAAACUUUACUUGACAGUUAUCAGGACAGUUGAAUAAAAUGUUUACUGUUCAAAGACUUGAGGCUGACUAUCACAAGUAUUCAGCUCUUUGUUUUUGCAGCUACAACUUUUAUUUUUAUUGGUUUACUGCAAUGAAAUAUCUUGGCACUUCACAGCAACAUUAUCAGACAAAGUUUGACCGUUAACUCAGGAAACACUUGAAUAUUUGAAGAAAAGAUUAUUCAAUCAUGCAGGUUUUAAGGGGUAGAUCAGUGCAGAGGAGUGGAUAAGUUUAGCAAGGGAAUACAGCAGCUUUCAUCUCAGCAACUGAGUGUGCAGCCACCAGUGCAAGGCUGAAGAAACUCGAGGAUAUACCAGAGGAAUGCAGAUUGAAUUCAUAAAACUAAAAUGGACUGUUCAUCCUAACAAAGUUUGUCCUAGUGUUAGGGUUCAUGCCAACCCUAAUCCUUUUAAUUUGUUGAAGAAACCAGAUUGUUUUUUAAAAAAAUUUCAAACUAAUCAGAAUAAGAAGUUUACAUUUGAUUGCUAAUGAGAUAUUGUCAUCUGUUGGUCAGAGCUAACAUUUUGUUACUAUUAAAUUGCAACAGUUUUGCGAAACUCGGUGGUGGUCAUGUAUGAAUGUUUUGGAAGCCAUUUAAUUGCGUUUGACUGAGUAAAAUGCCUUGUACUUUCUCCCACCACUGGUAUCAAUUUCAACAUUGUAUUUUCCUCCUACAGGUGAUGACUGUUGGUUUCCAUGCUUAGUUUACCAAUGACCCAAAUACAGUAAUCUCUAUAAGCCACAAUGUGUGUGCAUAUAUUUUGGAAAUGUUGCUUUAAUAAAUAAUCUCUUGUCCUCUCUGCAACCUGUAAAAAUGGGCACACCCUGUCAUUGAGUAACAGUACAAACCUUUUGGAAAAUACAGUUGUAUCUUUU